UUAAGCACACCUCAUCUCUGGCAGUCUCAUCAGAUUGUCUCAAUGGCUAAACACAAGCUUUUCCUGAUUUUCAUUCUGUUGUUGUGUGUGUUUAUCUCUCUGUCUUUGCCCUUCGAUCAAGUGCCUGCGAUCCUGGACAGAAGCUCGGAGGUCCCAGCAUACCAAGCUGUGAGAAUUAGAACAGAUGGAGAACAUGUUGAGAGUCCAAGUGCCUCACAAGAGGAGAGUUACUCGCCUGCAGCUGAAAAUCCACUCAGAAGAAUACUGCAGCCUUACGGGUGGCAUCUGCAUGCCCAACCAAGAACCAAGCGGAAGUUAUUACAGUCUACUAGCUCAGGACCGUACUCCCCACUGACUGUGGCUUACAAUGGCAAGAUAUGCAUCCUUUUCAAAGCUAAGAGACUGGCUAUUCGAUACAGGAACAACACUUUCCUGGACCUCACAGAGAGGGUUUUUGGACCCAAUGCACUAUUGGACACCAAAGGCUCUGUUUGUACCAAGGAGAAGGCCACGCUCUCUUUGCGUUUGGGUGAUGUGGAAGACAUCAGGGGUCUUGUCAUCAGGCUUCAGAUGUCCAACACAUUCUACGAAUCAGUAGGCCAAAACUGGUUUACCAUGGACAGUGUUCACAUCCACUACAACUGGACUCACGAGGCCACGUUUAAUGCCACAGAGGUCUAUGCCCCCGCCACCUAUUCUUACCACUGCCAGCAUGUCAGCAGCUUACAGAAAUAUGACACCCUACUGGUGCCCAGCUCCCACACUGACAGCUCGGCAAACUGGCACAUCACUUUCACAGAUUUUCAGAUCCAGGCCUUCAAUGUCCAGUCCAACAAAUUUGCCUCAGCUAGCGACUGUGCAACCUUCUUCACUCCAGCCAUCUUGAUGGGCCUCAUCACCUCUCUGAUCUUGCUGCUGGUCUUGGCCUAUGCCCUGCACAUGGUUGUCCACCUCAAGCACAUUGACCGUUAUGAAGAGCACAAGACCACAGUCUACUUUCCCCGCACCCCUGAAGCCGAGCUCCCAGACAAAAACAGUGUAUAAGGAGUGGCGGCAAAGCUGUGGGCCAGUCAUGCAAAAGAUCAGUGUCGAGUUAGGAUGAAAGGAUUGCUAUUUCUGAUUCUGGAUGGCUGUAUUGUCCUCUUGGUCUUCCUCCUGCCUGGUACUAAAUCUUGAACAACUUUUUUCAUUGCAGAAGAUGAGAUGAUGAAUCCGAAUUGAAUCCAGGCCGAAUCAAAACCUUGACAUAUAACGGCUCUCCAGGACCAGGACUGGGAAGCCUAUGAAAUGGGUACAAACAUUUGAGAGAUUGCCUUUUAAAAGACCACCAUUCUGGCGGGCUUUACAAAGCACUUCACUUACUGGAUACAAGUACGAAGUUUAGAAAUAUAUGAAUUGACUAGGCGAUGGAAGAAGAGAAAAGGCAACCUGUGAAAUGACUAUGAUUUGGUCUGAUAUGGAAGUCUUCUUUUUUACACUACUUCGAAAAUCACAAUUUCAUUCAUCUGGAGUCUGUAGACUAUGGGGGUUAUUGAUCUGCCAAUUACUAGAACUGUUUUAUGACUGCCAAAGUGGUGCAAAACUAUUUGUCAGCCUUGAUGUAUAACUGACAGAAUUAAUGUGAAUAUGAAAAGAACAAAACAAAUUGUAAAGGUACAGUGCUUAAUAUUCUGCUGUAUUGAAUUUAAGUAUUCCAGCACUAUACAAAGUAGUUUCAGGAACCCCAUAAAUAUAAUCAUGGACUUUAAAUUAUCAGCUUGAUAUUCAUAUAGAUCUAGCUCCAUAACUGCUACUUUAGUAAUGAACAAACUUCCAGUAUAAGUACCUUCAAAAUCUCUAAAUUGUAAAAAGUGCAUAAAACAUGUAGCUGAUUUUUUUUAAGCUUCAGAAGUAUCUGAUAAACUGCACAAUAAUUUUUUAUAUGAGCUCAUAAUUGCUAGGCCUAUAUACAAUCCUGUUUUUAGGCUGAAUAUAUUAGGACUGCUAGAUGAAAUUAGCACCACUUGAAAAUGUACUGUACUGACAGUAUAACUAUAGUGAAGUAAUGCUGCUGUACAAUUAUUCAUAUAAGUGUUAAAUCCCCUCAGUAUCAUAAUCAGUAUUCCUCUGUAUCUACAAUGAAACAUCCGUAACUCAUUAUCACAGUAACCUGCAGCAUGACAGUGACUAGAGAUAAACCUCUACCAUGGCAUGUCUGAUACUGGAAGUAGCAAUGUGUAAUGUGUUUAUUUGGAUCGAAUGAUAGCAUACACACUGAAGUGCACCAGAAGGGUUCCUGAACAUCAGUCAAUUCAGUCAGUUGUCUGAACAAUAAAUGGUGAUCAGAUCUAAACUUUGUGUGCAUACAUUUGUCAUGCCCAUUCAAAAAUUAUGAGACUUAACAAUAGCUGCUACUGUAGGGAACACCACUGUCUUUCUAAACCCACCUCAUGCAGGCUGUCUGCUUUUUUUACUGGUGCAUAAGCGGCAUUCUCCUCCUAUCUGUGUUUUUUCUCUGAUUUCUGCCAUCUGCUCUCCUCCCACUUCUCAGCAGGAGGCUGCGGUGCUGCCCUCUUACCGGGACGUUUUACCUGUCUGCUAUCAAAAAGGACUUUACUCACACUUACACCUUCAUUCUGUGUAUCUGACUCACAACAGCACUGAGUGUGUUCUGCUUCAGGCUCUAACAGCCUCACUGCUGGCUUUAGUCUGGCUUUGUGAUGCAGGUACAAAGCCAUGCUGGUCAGUCUUGGUGGAGGUCAGUCAUGCUGGUCAGUCUUGGCGGAGGAGUGCUUACUAACUCUUUUCUCCUCAAUUUUUGUUUGUGGUAUUAUUUAAAGGAAAAGUUCAUCCAAAAAUGAAAGUUCUGUCAUAAAUUAGUCACCCUCAAGUUGUUCCAA